AGGGUCUAUCUAUAAAUUCAUGCUUCUUGAGCCUCGAUCACCAUGCUUCCCAAUACGCUAUAACUACUCGCUUACUAAUCUCCACUUGCAUGCUUAAACUUAAUUGCUCCCUUUUCUAUCGUAUCCGAUCACCUGGAAAUCGUUGUCGAAGAAACAAAAUGGCGGAAAAGAGUAAGAUUUUGAUCAUCGGAGGAACUGGUUACAUCGGGAAAUUCAUCGUCGAGGCCAGUGCCAAGUCCGGCCAUCCUACUUUCCUUCUCGUCAGGGAAUCCACGCUCUCCAACCCUGCCAAAUCCUCCCUGGUCGAAUCGUUUAAGAAAUCCGGCGUUACUUUCAUCACUGGAGACUUGUAUGAUCACGCGAGUUUGGUGAAGGCGAUAAAACAGGUAGAUGUGGUGAUCUCCACGGUAGGUCACACACAACUCGGUGAUCAAGUUAAAAUCAUUGCCGCCAUUAAAGAAGCUGGUAACGUGAAGAAAUUUUACCCAUCGGAGUUCGGAAACGAUGUGGAUCGUACAAACGCCGUGGAGCCAGCCAAAUCAGCUUUUGCAAACAAGGCGCAGAUCCGCCGCGCCAUUGAAUCCGAAGGAAUCCCGCAUACCUACGUCUCUUCCAAUUGUUUUGCUGGCUAUUUCCUCCCAACAUUAGCACAGCCAGCAGCCACCGCGCCACCAAGGGAUAAAGUCGUCAUCUUAGGAGACGGAAAUGCAAAAGUGGUUUUCAAUGAGGAACAUGACAUUGGAACUUACACCAUUAAAUCCGUCGAUGACCCAAGAACUCUGAACAAAAUCGUUUACAUCAAGCCUCCUGGUAAUAUUUACUCAUUUAACGAGCUGGUGUCGUUGUGGGAGAAGAAGAUCGGGAAAAAGUUGGAGAGGGUUUAUCUUUCCGAUGAACAAGUUUUGAAGAACAUACAAGAAUCUCCAGUUCCGUUGAACGUGGUAUUGUCGAUCUCUCACUCGAUCUUUGUGAAGGGCGAUCAAACAAACUUUGAGAUCAAACCAUCAUUUGGGGUUGAAGCUUCUGAACUUUAUCCUGAUGUUAAGUACACUACAGUUGAUGAAUUUCUCAGCCGUUUCGUCUGAAAUGUCAAGCGGCGGUGGUUUCCGGUGACUGAUGGGUGGAGCUAUUAUAAAAAGUAUGGUUAUUUCGAUCAAUAGAUGGAUAUAUUUCGUGUUUGGGUGUUUUCUAUAUUUGAACUUUUUAUUUGCCAAAUAUUGAAAGAAUAAUAAGCAUUAACAAAACUUUUCCAGA